AUGUUAUACCGGGAGCUCAGGGUGUUCUCUGGGAACACCGUGUCUGUCCCAGCAGCAUUGGCCUUUGAGGCCUGGCUGGAGCACACUAUGGAGGUGCUCCAAAUGUGUCAGGUGCCUGAGGGGGAGAAGAGGCAUAGGCUGAUGGAAUGCUUGAGGGGGCCUGCCCUCCAGGUGGUCAGCGGGCUCUGCGCCCACAACGCUGCCAUCACUGUGAAGGAGUGCCUGGCGGCCUUGCAACAGGUGUUUGGGCCUGUGGAGAGCCUCAAAAUUGCCCACGUGAAGUUUUGUAAGGCCUAUCAGGAGGUGGGAGAGAAAGUGUCUAGUUUUGUGGUCCGGUUGGAACCCCUGCUCCAAAAAGCCAUUGCAAAAAAUGCAGUAUCCCGGAGGAAUGUGAAUCAGACGCGCCUGAAACAAGUCUUAAAUGGGGCAAACCUUCCUGACAAACUUCGAGACAGGCUUAAGCUGAUGAGACAGUGGAGGAAGCCUCCCGGUUUCUUGGCCCUGGUGAAGCUGCUGCGUGAGGAGGAGGAGGAGUGGGAAGCCACCAUGGGCCCUCUGAGGGAGUGUCUGGAUGAGUUGGAAGCAGGCUUCAGGUCCCCUGCCAGGGCCUGUGGUUUCCGAGUAGUGUCUUUUCCUGGCCCUGGCAACAUUGUGCAGGCCGGGCCUUCCCAGAGUUCCCGGUGCAGGAGGGGCAGGGGCCGAAGGGGAGAUGUGCCAAGGGAUGGCUCUGGAAGUUUAGAAAAUUGGAAACACCACACAUUCUGCUAUAGUUGUGGAGAAAAUGGCCACAUCGGGGCAGAAUGUAGCAACGCUCCCAACCUCUGCUCGGUGAGGCAGAUGAGACAGGCUGCCAUAGAGUCGAGAAAUGGCAACCGGGCUUGGGAGAAGAGCCAUCCCAAGUCCAAGGACAGAUAG